AUGGAUGAGUUGUUUGAAAUGAUAGAGGAGAUGCGAGAUGCAGAACCUGAUCAAUCUUAUGAUUCAGGUAUACAAAAUUUUGAAAGAUUGCUUAGUGAUAUUAAGCGUGAAUUGUACCCUGGCUGCAAGAAAUAUUCGUUGUUAUCUUUCAUUGUCAAGUUAUUGCAUAUUAAAGUGAUGAAUAAAAUGACAGACAAGACGAUGAAUUUGAUUCUCGAAUUGAUCAAAGACAUAUUACCGGAGGGUAAUAUAGUUCCACCAUCUCUUUAUAGUGCUAGAAAACUUCUUUUUGGAAUAGGGUUGGGUUAUGAGAAGAUCGAUGUUUGUAAAUAUGAUUGUUCAUUAUUUUGGAAGGAGAAUGAGCAGGAAGAGUCCUGUCCAGUUUGUAAGGAACCUCGAUGGAUGUAUAAUGAUGGCAAAAGCAAAAGAACCCCGCAUAAGAUUUUGAGAUACUUUCCUUUGAAAUCUAGGUUGCAGAGGCUUUUCAUGUCUUCUAAAACAGCUUCAGAUAUGAGGUGGCAUGCUGAAAAACACAUUGAUAUUGAAGGAACACUGAGUCAUCCAGCGGAUUCACUUUCUUGGAAAGAUUUUAAUUUGCAGCAUCCUACUUUUGCCGCUGAUGCACGUAACGUUAGACUUGGGCUGGCUACAGAUGGAUUCAAUCCCUUUGGAAACAUGAGUAAUUCUUAUAGCAUGUGGCCUAUUAUACUUAUUCCAUAUAAUAUGCCAUUAUAUAAAUGCAUGAAAGACGAAUUCUUUAUGAUGUCAUUGCUAAUCCCUGGCCCUCAAGCUCCUGGAAAAGAUAUUGAUGUCUUUCUUAGGCCAUUAAUUGAUGAGCUAAAGGAAUUGUGGAAUGGUGUUGAGACUUACGAUGCUUGCAAGAAAGAAAAAUUCCAAAUGCGGGCAAUAAUUAUGUGGACAAUAAAUGAUUUUCCUGCACUUAGCAAUUUAUUUGGAUGGACUACAAAAGGGUAUAUGGCAUGUCCAUGUUGUUUGUAUAUGACUGAUUCCAGAAAACUUAGAAGCAAAAUAUGCUACAUGGGACAUCGCCGUUAUCUAGAGAGGGAUCAUCCUUAUCGAAAGAGUAAGAAGUUUGAUGGUCAGCCUGAAACACGUUUGAAACCAAUCGAAUGGACCGGUGAAGAGAUAAUUUUGAAUUUAAACAAUUUAGAGCAAGUAUUUGACAAGCUCGGGAAGCACCCAAGUAAAAAAAAGAGGAAACGCAGCCACGAGGAAGGGAAUUGGGUUAAGAAAUCCAUAUUUUUUGAGUUACCCUACUGGCAUACACUUAAGUUGCGGCACAAUCUUGAUGUGAUGCAUGUGGAGAAAAAUAUAUGUGAUAAUGUGUUAGGCACAUUAUUGAACAUUGAUGGAAAAACAAAAGAUACAGAAAAGGCACGCGAAGACUUACGUGAUCUUUAUAUAAGGAAAGAAUUGCAUUUGCAGAAAUAUGGGAAUAAUAUUAUAAAGCCUAAAGCAUGUUACAAUUUAUCUCCAAGUGAGAAAAGGGGCUUCUGUGAUUUUCUGAAAACUCUCAAAUUCCCCGAUGGUUAUGCAUCAAACAUUUCUAGAUGUGUAAAAGAUACAAAGAUUUUAGGUCUUAAGUCUCAUGAUUGCCAUAUUCUUUUACAACGAAUAAUUCCUAUUGGCAUUCGAGGAUAUCUAGUUAAGGAUGUGACUGAAGCAUUAUUCGAGUUAGGUGAUUUCUUCAAAACUUUGUGUGCGAAGACAUUGAUGAUUGCAGAUAUAGAUAAAAUGGAGAGAAAUAUUCCUGUUAUUUUGUGUAAGUUGGAGAAAAUAUUUCCUCCGGCAUUUUUUGAUGUCAUGGUCCACUUGGCUGUUCACUUGCCUAGUGAAGCAAAACUUGCUGGGCCUGUCCAUUCUCGUUGGAUGUAUCCAAUUGAAAGGUUUCUUAAAUCUCUUAAAGGAUAUGUGCGCAAUAAAGCACGCCCCGAAGGUUCGAUAGCUGAAGGCUACAUUAGACAAGAUAUGCAGUUGGAAGAAAUGAAGAUGGGGCUGACGAUCAUCGAGAGUGUGAAUUAUCAGUCUUCAAACAAAAGGUCAAACCAUUUGGACCUCUUAAGGAAUGCAAUGCACUUUCACAAAAAGAAAUGA